UUUUAAUAAAUAUAUAUUUUACAUGUUUUUAUAGUCGGUUUUAUUUUUUCAUAAAAUGUAGUUUUAAAAUGAGGAUUGAUGACGAGGAUUACGACAUUUCUGACGAGUUUCUCAGGGAACUCACGGAAAAGUACUCUGAUAUCAAUCAUCCCCUUUUUAUGGACGAACUUCCAAAUGAUAUAUCGUCAAACUCGGAUUUAGAAGCCUUACACAAGCUGUUGUCGGAGGGUGAAACCAGAGAUUCCAUAGCGAAAAAGUACAAAGAAGUUGGAAACGGGUAUGUUAGUGAGGGUAGAAGGUACUACGAGGCGGCAAUCUCAAGUUACACAGAUGGGAUUGCGGCGGAGAGCAAAGAUAACGUUUUAAACUCACAACUGUACUCUAACAGAGCUUUAGUUUAUUUGAGAUUGGAUGAUUAUGUGAAGUGUGUAAAUGAUUGUCGGCGGAGCAUAACCUAUGACGUUUACAACUAUAAAUCGUACUACAGAGGAGCCAUAGCCUCCUACAAACUUUCACUUUACAAGCAGGCGCUCCUCUUCUGCAAUGAGUGUGCAAAGGCAAUAACCCUGGAUCCAGAAAUUAAGGUGUUUGAAAGUGAAAAGAAUGAUAACUAUAAACUCCUCUGCAUAAUUGAUGAUAAAUUCGGUUCCUUCUACAAAAAGAUUCUGGCAAAGUACGACGAGUUUGAGAAGGAAAAGAACCGUAUCAGGCAAAACCAGGAAAAGGAGAAGGAGAAGAAAAAACUUGCUGAGGACGCGGCUAAGGAGUUUUUAAAAUUAAAAGGCUUAAAACUAUGUGAUAAUCUUUUUCAAAUCCCAGAAUCUCAAACUGUGGUCUUCUACCUCAAAGACAAUGUAAUUCACACAUCGUGUCUGUUUGUGUAUGACCAGGUGAAUAUGAGUGACUACAUCCAGGACUUUGACUAUAACUCGAGUAUUUCUGACCAUCUAGACGUGAUGUUCGGAGAAGAUGAUCAAUUCUCCAGCAGUAAUUCACUUUCCUUCUACCAGGUUUCACCCGACGAGGUCAUGAAGUUUGAUUUGCAUGCACCCCUGGAAGAAGUUGCACUCAAGUCGGGCUUCAUUUUCAAGGUUCCCGUUGUACAUAUAGUAACUGAUGAGGACGCAUUAACUGAGUUUACAAAGAUCUAAAUCUACUUUUACUCUUUA